UUCUCACAGGAUAUCUUCCACCACUGCUCAACCAACAUGUCUCAACCAGGUCAGGAAGAGGACGAACAACUGCAGCGCCCUGAAGUGAGAGAAGAUGACCUGGCUGACGCAAAGAAUAAGCUGGGUACAAGUGGGCAAGCAAAGAGCAAGACUAUAGAAGUUAUGGAGGAGUGUGAGAAAAUGGGUAAAGCUGCUCCUUCUGUGUUCAGCGGGGUGAGGUCUGGAGGAGAGACCGCUUUCAGUGCCCGCUCAGCUAAACCAAUCAGGAAGUAGCAGGAGACCUCCUGACCAUGAUGGGACAACACCUGUGAUAGAUUGUUUUCUUGCUGUACUUCUUGCUGUUUUUGCACUCAAUUCACUUAAUUCUGGCAUGUUUGAACUUUUAUGAAGCUGAUAGUUACCUUUUUUUUUUUUUUUUAAAUCUAAGAAUUUCUAUGAAAUGGUAAGUCAGUUUUUCAUUGUAAAAUUAAGGUGAUUUUUUUGUUGUUGCUGUUAUUGAUUAUCCUCACCAGCAUUCACCCAGUUUCAUGGUGUGAAGUAAUAAAGGACUAUAAAGCACCAUAUGCAACACAACAAUUGAUGCAUUUGAACAUACCAAACAACUUUUGAAACAUCAGUGUGCUUUAUAUCCGUGUCUUUGUCCAAAACAAUUUGGUCUUUUCAUUUGUGCCUGGAUUGUGGAGGAGUUUGUCAAAAUCAUCGAUCAUGUAAAAAAGCGACAUAAGAACCCAAAAAUAUUAAAUAAAAC